GUAAUCAUGGCCAUUCAUCAACUACCCAGUUACUCCUCCCAAUAAAAGUCCCAUUCAGUCUCUUCCCUUUUGAAACCACUUUAAUUUCUUCUCUAUUUUCCCCUUCUUCUCACAUGCAUUAAAAAAAACCUGUAAAAUACUCCAUUGAUAGAGAAAAAGUUUAAGCUUAAUGGGACUUGAUGAUGCAUGUAAAACAUGCCUUGUUCUAGGGUUAGGCUUCUCAUCGACCCCGGAAACUCCACCCAAGGCCGAAGAUCAAACUUCCAAGAACCCACCAACCAUGACGGUUCCGGCGGCGAGUUUCGAACCAUUCCUUACGCUUGGUCUUUCCGGUGAGGGCUACCGAGUUACCGUCACCAAAAAUGUUGAUGAGAACAAGGGUGGUUAUCUUCAUCAUCCUCACCAUGAAGAACCUCCCACCGCGACUGCCACCGCUCGUGAUUUGUAUCGUCAAGCUUCUCCUGAUCCCAGUGCUGUUUCAUCGUUUUCCAGUGGUAGGGUCAAGAGAGAGAGAGACCUUAGCAGCGAAGAAGUAGAGAUUGAGAAGAAUUCGUGUAGAGUUAACGAUGAAGACGAAGAUGGCAUCAGUGCAAGAAAGAAACUUCGGCUCACGAAAGAACAGUCGGCUCUUCUCGAAGAAAGCUUUAAACAACGCAGCACUCUGAACCCAGUAAUUCUCUCUCCAAGUUUAUUGUAUCUCAUAUAUUUUAUCACCUUAUCAGCUCCGAUUAACCAAUCUUUUUCGUUCUAUAAAAAACAGAAUCAAAAGCAAGCUUUAGCAAGGCAAUUAAACCUGAAACCGAGACAAGUCGAAGUCUGGUUUCAAAACAGGAGAGCCAGAACGAAGCUUAAGCAGACCGGGGUGGAUUGUGAGUUCUUGAAAAGAUGCUGCGAGACGCUGACGAAUGAAAACAGGAGACUGCAAAAAGAGUUACAAGAACUCAAAGCACUGAAAACGGCGGCACAACCCUUUUACGCGAACAUGCCGGCGGCGACCCUCUCGCUUUGUCCGUUGUGUGAGAGAACCAGCGGUGCUGGGAAUCCCAAACGCCCGUUUUCAAUGCCUUCAAAACCACAUUUCUAUAAUCACGUCACUAAUCCUUCUGCAGCAUGUUAAUUAAUUUAUAUUUCUUAGAACGUAACAGCAAAAGAAAGUGAAUUUGAAGUGUAAUUAAUUAAUUUUU